AUGGACCCAAACACAGUUGUGUCAACAGCCACCGGAAGUGUAUUGAAAUUUGGGGGAGAUCUGGUUACCCGUCAUAUGGGUUACUUUUAUAAUUACAAAGACAAAUUUGAAGCGGUGAACCGUUGUAUUGAGAUGCUAGAUGAUACUAGAAAGAGGGUGCAGAAUGAAGUUAUGGCUGCAGAAAUGAAUGCAGAAGAAAUUGAAGAAGAUGUUCAACAUUGGUUGAAAUAUGUGGAUGAGAAGAUCAAAGAAUAUGAAAAUUUUCUGUGUGAUAAAUGCCAUGAGAAGACAAGACGCUCUAUUCGUUUCUUUCCUAAUAACAUGCAGUUGAGGUAUAGGCUAGGAAGAAGAGCUACGAAGAUUCUGGAAGAAAUCAAAGCAGAUGAACUUUUGAAUAAAAAGUUUGAUAAAGUCUCAUAUCAUAUAGGUCCAUCCAUGGAUGCUGCUUUGUCAAACACUGGUUAUGAAAGUUUUGCAUCGAGAAAGAAAAUUAUGGGGAUGAUAAUGCAAGCACUUGAAGACUCUACAGUUAGUAUGAUUGGAGUCUACGGGGUUGGAGGUGUUGGAAAGACAACUUUAGUUAAAGAAGUUGCCAAGGAAGCUAAAGAAAAGAAGCUGUUCAAUACGGUGGUUAUGGCAAAUAUAUCAAGAAAUCCUGACAUAGAGAAAGUUCAAGGACAAAUUGCCGAAACGUUAGGAAUGAGAUUGGAAGAGGAAAGUGAGAUUGUGAGAGCAGAUCGCAUUCGAAAAAGGUUAAAGAAAGAAAAGGAGAAUACCCUUAUAAUCCUAGAUGAUCUCUGGAGUGGAUUGGACUUGAAUAGACUGGGGAUUCCACAAAAUGAAGAUAAUGGUGUAAGCCAAAAAGUUGUCAAGGAUGCAGCUGAUUUUGGCUAUAGUAAGGUGGAAACAGAAAAGUUAUCAUUUGAUUCCAAUAAGACGAAGAAAGACAAGUUAUCUAGUGAUUACAAUAAGAUUAAAAACAAACUGUUAUCUGUUGAUCGCAAAGGGUGCAAAAUUGUCUUAACAUCUAGAAAUAAAGAAGUAUUAUGUAAUCAAAUGGAUGUGCAGGAGAGAUCUACUUUCUCAUUAGGAGUCCUUGACCAAAAGGAGGCAGAGGCUUUACUUAAGAAAAUUUCUGAAAUAAAUGUUACCAAUUCUGCUUUUGAUGAGAAAGUCACUGAAAUAUCCAAAAUGUGUGCUGGGUUGCCCAUAGCAUUGAUUUCCAUUGGGAAAACACUGAAGAAUAAGAGCCCCUUUGUGUGGGAGGAUGUUUGUCGACAAAUUGAAAGACAAAAUUUUACAGGAGGUCAGGAAUCUAUUGAAUUCUCUGCAAAGUUAAGUUAUGAUCAUCUAAAAAAUGAGCUUAAGCACAUUUUCUUACAAUGUGCUAGAAUGGGAAGUGAUUUUUCGACUAUGGACUUGGUCAAGUUCUGUAUUGGUUUGGAAAUGCUUCAGGGUGUUUACACAAUAAGAGAAACAAAAUCUAGAGUAAACGUGUUGUUAGAAGAGCUAAUUGAGUCAAGUUUGCUGGUGAAAAGUUAUUCUAAUGACUGUUUUAACAUGCAUGACAUUGUGCGUGAUGUUGCUCUUUCAAUUUCAUAUACAGAGAAAAGUGUAUUUUUUAUGAAAAAUGGCAAACUAAAUGAGUGGCCUCACAAGGAUAAACUCGAAAGGUACACAGCUAUUGUUUUACAUUAUUGUGAUAUUGUGGAGCUUCCUGAGAGUAUAUACUGUCCUAGACUUGAAAUCUUCCAUAUUGACAGUAAAGAUUAUUUUCUGAAAAUACCAGAUGACUUUUUUGAAGAUAUGGUUGAACUCAAAGUAUUGGUAUUGACUGGUGUUAAUUUGUCACCCUUACCUUCUUCAAUUAAACGCCUAACAAACCUAAAAAUGCUUUGUUUGGAGAGAUGCACUCUAAGAAAUAACUUAUCAAUCAUGGGAGAGUUAAAGAAAUUAAGAAUUCUCAGUCUUUCAGGAUCUAAUAUUGAAAAUUUGCCUGUUGGAAUGGGGCAAUUGGAUAAACUGCAACUUUUGGACUUAAGCUAUUGCUCAAAACUAAGAGUAAUACCUUCCAAUAUCAUAUCAAGGCUGAGCAGUUUGGAAGAGUUUUAUAUGAGAGAUGACUUGAUUCUGAGGGAAACUAAAGAGGAAAUCCUAAGUAAAAAUGUUUGUCUUUGUGAGUUGAGGCACUUGAAUCAAUUACGAAGUCUAGAUAUACACAUUCCAAGUGUUGCCCAUUUUCCACAAAACUUGUUCUUUGACAAGUUGGAUAGUUACAAGAUUGUCAUUGGAGAAAUUAACAUGCUUUCAGUGGGAGAAUUCAAAAUCCCUGACAAGUAUGAAGCAGUGAAAUUUUUGGCAUUGAACCUGAAAGAUGGUAUUAACAUUCAUUCUGAAAAAAGGAUUAAAAUAUUGUUCAAAAAAGUUGAAUAUUUGCUUCUGGGAGAACUCAAUGAUGUUCAGGAUGUUUUCUAUGAAUUAAAUGUUGAAGGAUUUCAAAUUUUGAAACAUUUGUUUAUUGUAAACAAUUUUUGCCUUCAGUACAUUAUCAACUCAGUGAAUCGAUUUGACCCUUUACUUGCUUUUCCCAAAUUGGAGUCCAUGUGUCUUUACAAAUUGGAGAAUUUGGAGAAAAUAUGUGACAAUCAACUCACAGAGGCCUCCUUCAGCAGAUUAAAGAUCAUCAAGAUUAAAACAUGUGAUCAAUUGGAAUAUAUUUUCUCAUUUUUCAUGUUCAGUCGACUCACCAUGCUUGAAACAAUUGAAGUGUGUGAUUGUGAUUCUUUAAAGGAGAUUGUUCAUGUUGAAAGAGAAUCUGAUAGUGUCAGUGAUGUGCAAACUGAAGAGAUUGAGUUUCCUCAAUUAAGAUUUUUAACCUUGCAAUCUUUACCCGCAUUUUUUUGUUUUUAUACCAACGAUAAAAUGCCUUCCAUCUCUCAAUCAUCCCAAGAACAAGUGCAAAACAAGGAGCUCAAAGAAAUUACGGCAAUACCUGGUCGAGAUACAAAUGCUUGCCUUUCACUCUUCAAUGGAAAGGUUGCACUUCCCAAAUUAGAGUGGUUGGAGUUGUCUUCAAUCAACAUCCCACAGAUAUGGAAUGAUAAAUCUUUGCAUUCUUUUGAAAGUUUGCUUACAUUGAAUGUAUCAGAUUGUGGCAAUUUAAAAUAUUUAUUCUCAGUCUCCAUGUCUGGAAGUUUAGUGAAUCUCCAAAGCCUUUUUGUAAGUGGAUGUGAAUUGAUGGAGGACAUAUUUAGUGCAGAAGAUGCAAUGAAUAUUGACAUUUUUCCCAAGUUGAAGAAAAUGGAGAUCAACUGCAUGGAAAAAUUGAAUACCCUGUGGCAGCCUUAUAUUGGUUUUCAUUCCUUCCACAGUUUGGAUUCUUUGAUAAUAAGGGAAUGCAACAAACUUGUGACAAUAUUUCCUAGCUACACGGGCGAAGGAUUUCAGAGCCUUCAAAGUUUGGUGAUUACUGAUUGUAUGUCAGUGGAAACCAUAUUUGAUUUUGGAAAUAUUUCACAAACUUGUAGCAUUGGUGCGACAAACUUGCAUGAUGUCUUUUUAGAAGAGCUGCCAAAGUUGGUGCAUAUAUGGAAGGUGGAGACUGAUGGAAUUCUUAAUUUUAAUAAUCUGCAAAGCGUUGUUGUUUACGAGAGUAAAAUGAUAAAGUAUGCCUUUCCACUCUCGGUUGCCAAAGGUCUAGAAAAACUGGAAACACUUGAUGUAUGUAAUUGCGAGGGAAUGAAGGAGGUUGUUGCUUGUGACUAUCAAUCAAAUGAACAAAUUGUCACCUUUAGCAAGUUGGAGGAAACCACAAAUUUGCAACUUAAGUCAAUCUUUUUAGCCACAGAAAAGGUGAUACACAACUUGGAAUAUAUGUCAAUUAGCUUGAAGGAAGCAGAGUGGUUACGAGACUAUAAUUUUAGUCAUAGAAUGCACAAACUACAGUCACUUGUUUUGUCUGGAUUGAAGAAUACUGAUAUUCUCUUUUGGUUGCUCCAUAGACUGCCUAAUUUGGAAAGCAUUACAUUGAAAAAUUGUCUCUUUGAAGGGGUUUGGGGUUCUACAGGCCUUGCUGCACAUAAAACUGGGGUUGUAGUACAACUUACGGAGUUGAUAAUUAACAACCUGAGUUAUUUACAGAAUAUAGGCUUUGAACAUGACCUGCUUCUUCAAAGGGUAGAGCGCUUAGUCAUUUCUGGAUGUGUAAAACUGAAAAGUUUAUUGCCUUCCUCAGUUUCUUUCAGUUACUUGACAUAUUUGGAAGUAACUGAAUGUUCAGGAUUGAGAAUCUUAAUGACAUCCUCAACUGCCAUGACCUUGGUUCAACUCACUAUCAUGAAGGUAAAACUCUGUCAAGGGAUUGAGAAAAUUGUUGCAGAAGAGGAAAAAACACAAGUGAUUGAGUUUAGACAACUGAAAGCUAUAGAAUUGGUGUCUCUACAAAGCCUCACUUGUUUCUGCAGUUCUAAGAAGUGUGACUUAAAGUUCCCCUCGCUUGAAAAUUUAGUAGUGAGUGAUUGCCCUCUAAUGGAAACAUUCUCUAAAGUCCAAAGUGCACCCAAUCUAAGAAAAAUGCAUGUUGCAGCUGGUGAAAAGGACAGAUGGUAUUGGGAAGGUGAUUUGAAUACCACUCUGCGAAAACUUUCCACUGAUAAGGUUUAUAGUUUGAUGAGGGUUCUUGUGAGAUCCAAAGAGGAAGCAGUUCUGGUGAAUCCAUUCAUUAUAUUACCUCUGGAAAUAAGUUGGUUAGGCACAAAGGAUGAUUUCUUUGAAACUUUCCAGGUUUCAUUCAAACAUUCAAAGCAUUUGAGACUUAAAGAGGAUUCUGAGCUGAAGGUAAUUUGGCAGGGCAAAGCUGCUUUUCAAGAAAACUACUUUGGCAGUUUAAAAACAUUGGUGGUGACGGGCAUUACAAAAGAUCAUGUGAUUCCAUCACAAGUACUAACUUGCUUAAAAAAUUUGGAAGAAUUGAAGGUAGAAAGCUGCAGGGCAGUGGAAGUAAUAUUCAAUGUAAAUGACAUUGACAUGAAGAAAAAGGGAAUAGUGUCUCGACUGAAAAUGCUUACUUUAAAUAAGUUGCCAAAUUUAAAUCGUGUUUGGAACAAAAAUCCUCGAGGAAUUGUUAGCUUUCCCAAUAUGCAAGAAGUAUCUGUUUUUGAUUGUGGACAGUUGGCAACACUGUUCCCUUCAUCCCUUGCCAUAAGUCUCGUUAAGCUUCAGAUACUUGAAAUACAGUGGUGUGAAAAGUUGGUAGAAAUUGUUGAAAAGGAAGAUGCAGCGGAACUUGGAACAGCUGAAAUUUUUAAAUUCCCUUGCUUGACCUCGUUGCUUCUUUUUCAUCUGCCACUGCUUAGUUGCUUUUAUCCUGGAAAACACCAUCUGCUAUGCCCCAUGUUAGAAUGCUUAGACGUGUCCUAUUGUCCUAACUUGAAGUUAUUCACAUCAAAAUUUCAUGAUAGUCACAAAGAAGCAGUUACAGAGAGUCAAGUUAGUGCUCCAAUUGCAACUAGCCGGCGUCAGCAACCUCUGUUUUCUGUUGAAGAGCUUCCAGAGCUGGAUACAAUAGGGUUAGAGCACCCAUGGGUAAAGCCAUACUCUGAAAAGCUUGAAUUGUUAAAGCUAGAGAACUGCCCCCGGUUAGAAAAAUUAGUGGGCGAUGUGGUAUCUUUCAUCAAUCUGAAAAAGUUGGCUGUUAACUUGUGUAAAGAGAUGAAGUAUUUAUUCACAGUUUCAACUGCCAAAACUUUGGUGCAACUUGAGAUCCUGUCAAUACUAAAUUGUAAAUCAAUAAAAGAAAUAGUAAAAAAAGAAGAUGAAGAUACCUCUGAGGAGAUUAUAUUUGGACGGCUCAAAACAUUAACGCUGAAUUCCUUAUCAAGGCUAGUACGCUUUUAUUCAGGGAAUGCCAUUUUGCAAUUGUCAUGUUUGAGAACAGCAAAAAUAGUUAAAUGUCCCAAAAUGAUAACUUUCUCUGAAGGAGGCAUAAAAGCUCCAAUGUUUUCUGGGAUUAAAACCUCUUCGAAGGAUGUUGAUGUUCACUUCCAUAAUGAUCUCAACUCGACAGUCCAGUGGUGUUUUCGCGAACAGGAUUCUCUUAAACAUUCAAAGCAUUUAACAAUUGCCAAAGAUUCUAAGCUGACAAAAAUUUGGCACAGCAAAGAUGCGUUUCAAGAUAAUCAUUUUCGCAGUUUAACAAAAUUGGUGGUGAAGAGAGUGGAAGAGGAUCAUGUGCUUCCAUCUCAAAUACUUCAUUGCUUAAAGAACUUGAAAAAAUUGAAGGUAGAAAGCUGCAGGGAAGUGGAGGUAAUAUUUGAUAUAAAUGGCAUUGACAGGAAGAAAAAGGGAAUAGUGUCUGGACUGAAAAAACUUACAUUAAAAAACUUGCCGAGUUUGAAGUGUGUUUGGAACAAAACUCCUCAAGGAAUUGUCAGCUUUCCCAAUUUGCAAGAAGUGUCUGUUUCUAGAUGCAGUGAGCUGGCAACACUUUUCCCUUCAUCCCUUGCAAGAAAUCUUGUAAAGCUUGAGGAACUUGAUAUACAGAACUGCGAUAAGUUGGUAGAUAUUGUGGGAAAUGAUGAUGGGAUAGAACUUGACACAACUAAAAUGUUUAAAUUCCCCUGUUUGACCUCGUUGCUUCUUUUCAGGCUGCCACUGCUUACUUGCUUUUAUCCUCGAAAACACCGUCUGCUAUGCCCCAUAUUAGAAAGCUUAGACGUGUCCUUUUGUCCUAAUUUGAAGUUAUUCACGUCAGAAUUUCAUGAUAGUUACGAAGCAUUGGGUGUAGAGAUUCAAGUUCGUUCUACAAUUAAAAAUAUACCUCUUCAGCAACCUAUGUUCUCGGUUGAAAAGGUUAUUCCCAAACUGAAGGAAUUGACUGUCAAUGAGAAAAACAUUAUCUUGUUGAAUGCCCUUUUGCCACAAGACCUCCUUUGCAAAUUAAAUCAUCUUCAGCUAUGCUUAGAGGGUGAUUUCAAUGGGAUACCUACUUUUCUUUUUUAUUUCUUUCUCAAGCUACCCAGUUUAGAACAUCUUCAACUGUCCUAUUGCGAUCGUCUGAGGAAGUUAUUUCCCGAUACAAAACACCAAAUUCAUGAUAGAAUACUUUCCAGAUUGAAAAAAUUAACCCUAGAUAACCUUGAAAAGCUGAAUUCUAUAGGGUUAAAGCACCCACGAGUAAAGCCAUACUCUGAAAGGCUUGAAUCAUUUGUUCUUAAGGAAUGUCCGCGGGUAAAAACAAUAGUGUCUGGUACAGUAUCUUUCAUGAAUAUGAAAGAGUUGUUUGUGACAGACUGUAAGAAGAUGCAGUAUUUAUUCAAAUUUUCAACUGCUAAAAGUUUGGUGCAACUUGUGAUCCUAUCUAUACAAAAUUGUGAAUCAAUAAAGGAAAUAGUAAAAGAAGAGAAUGAAAAUGGUUCAGAUGAGAUCAUAUUUGCACGCGUCAAAACAUUAGAGCUGGUUUCCUUACCAUUGCUUGGAAGCUUUUAUUCAGGGUAUGCUACUUUGCAAUUUUCACGUUUAAAGAAAGUGAAGGUAGCUGAAUGCCGCAAAAUGGAAACUUUCUCUCAAGGAGACAUAAAGGCACCAUUUUUCUAUGGGAUUCAAACUUCAGUUGAUGAUUUUGAUUUAACCUUCCACGAGGAUCUCAACACCACAAUCAAGAAGUUGUUUGACCAAAUGGUUGAGGGGGAUUCCACCACGAAAUCAAUGGAUGGAGGAAUUAGUCAUGGCCAUAGUUCCACAUCAAUGGAUGGAGAAAACAGAGAUGAUGAUACUUCCACCACAAUCGAUGGUGGAGAUAGUGAUGGUGAUACUUCCACGUCGACGGAUGGUGGAAGCAGUGAUGGUGAUGGUGAUACUUCCACGUCGACGGAUGGUGGAAGCCGUGAUGGUGAUACUUCCACGGCGACGGGUGGUGGAAGCCGUGAUGGUGAUACUUCCACGUCGACGGGUGGUGGAAGCCGUGAUGGUGAUACUUCCACGUCGACGGAUGGUGGAAGCAGUGAUGGUGAUACUUCCACGUCGACGGGUGGUGGAAGCCGUGAUGGUGAUACUUCCACGUCGACGGGUGGUGGAAGCCGUGAUGGUGAUACUUCCACGUCGACGGAUGAUGGAAGCAGUGAUGGUGAUACUUCCACGUCAAUGGACGGAGGAAACAGUGAUGAUGAAAAUUUGACAUCAACGGAUGGAGGAAGCAGUUAG